AUGUUGGCUGCCUCUAUCUCUUUUGCCACAGCCGUUGGAUUUUGCUCUGAGCCGCAAUUUAACGGUCGGGUUACUGUCGCAGCGAGCAAUUCACCCUCUAGCGUGACUCUAUCCGGCGACAAGGACGCAAUCGCGGAGAUGAAGGAGUACCUUGCUGCGAAGCAAAUCCACGCGCGAGCUCUUCAGGUCGACACAGCCUACCACUCUCACCACAUGCGUGCCUGUGCUGAGCCUUAUUUGCGACGACUCAAGGAGCUCGGUGUGACUGUUCAAACUCCAUCUGCUGAUCAGAAAUGUCGCUGGUAUUCGGGGGUUAGAGAGAACACUGACAUUCUUGAACAACCACUCGGAUCGGAGCUGGAGGGACAAUAUUGGAUUGAUAACUUGACACAGCCAGUCCUUUUCUCCCAAGCUGUGAGUUCCGCUGUUGAGGGCAACGCCGCGGGAUUUACUGCAGCUAUCGAGGUUGGACCACACGGCACUCUGAGAGGACCGGUCAAUCAGACUAUGAAGCAAUCAGCUUCCAGCAGUUCCUCGAUGGCCUAUAUGGCCUGCUUAAGCCGGGGCAGCGACGCCGUGACGACCUUCUUAGAGACUGUAACCACCAUCUGGACUCUUGCUCCAACAUUCGUGAAACUCUCUGGAUGGCGCUCAGCCCUCGGCAACAAUACCCCUAAACCACCGAUUAAGGGUCUGCCCCCCUACGCAUGGGAGCACACUCAAGCUCAUUGGCGUGAGUCCCGGAUUGCUGGUAACUAUCGUCUCAGUACAUACCCUCCGCAUGAUAUCCUUGGUCGCCUCUGGAACGAUACCGGCUCUGAGCAAACGUGGCGAAAUACGUUGGGGCUGAUUGAGAUGCCGUGGCUCAAAGAGCAUGUGUUCCAGAGUCAAGUUCUUUUUCCUGCGACCGGGUAUAUCAGUCUGGCUCUCGAUGCAGCUAAGGUAUUUGUCAAGAAUCAAUCGAUUAAGCUCGUCGAGGUGCGGGACAUGAGCAUCCCAACGGCAUUGCCCGUCGGCGAGGGAGACGAGGUUGAGAUUCUGUUUACAAUCCGGAGACGGGUCUCGCCUAAGAGUGUAGGAGUUCAAAAUGACUCGAAAUCAAUCAUAGAGGCCGAGUUCACGUGUCACAGCUAUCCUCAUAAUGAACAAGGAGCGGACAAGAACUGUGAAGGUCUACUGAUGAUUUAUCUGGGUGAUCCCGAGCCAACAGACGUGGCACCCACAGAUAUUUCUGAUGUGGAACUGACCCCAUGCAACGUGGAUCGAUUCUACCACGCAGCGUCGGAGAUCGGCUUUCAAUACGAGGGCGCAUUCCGUGCGCUGGAAUCGCUCAACAAAUGUUGGGGCCACGCAAAGGCAGUUGCCUCUUGGUCUCCAGAGGACCCCAGCAUGAAUGUUGCUUGUACCGUACAUCCGGCCAUCCUGGAUGUUGCUUUCCAGACAGGACUCUCAACCAUUCUCUCUACAGCCGAGAGGUCGAUGCAUAGUCCGUAUCUGCCGAUUGGAGUGAAACGGGCCGUGAUCGACCCCAAUUGGGAUUUUAAGACCAACGUUGCAAUCGAAGCUUAUAUGACCAGUCCAACGGUCGGUCUGGGGCCACGGAUCGAAACCGAUAUCAACGUACGAAGCUCAAACGGUCAAGCAGGCUUCUGUGAGAUUCAGAUGGAGGGGGUGACAUUCAAGGCCAUUUCGGAGCCACAGCCUUCGGAAGAUCGAAAUAUUCUAGCCAAGACUGUCUGGGGCCAUCAUGCCGCACAUGGACUGGUGUAUGCACCUGAACUGACAGAUAGUGACCAACUGGGUUCACAAGUCUAUACGUCUGAGGAGUACGAACGUGUUGCAUUAUUUUACCUGCAACGUCUCAGCCAGUCAAUCAGUGCGCAGGAGAUGGACGUUUUGCCGCUACAUCAUCAAAGACUUGUCCGGUCUAUCAACGUACUCGUGACGAGAACUCGCGAGAAUACUGAUCGAAUGUUCUUGCAGCCCGAGUGGUUGAAUGAUAGUACUGAGAUUAUCACAGAUCUUCUCAAACGAGACCCGAGUGACGUUAACAUGGCGUUGCUGACAUCCAGUGCAGACAGAGCCAUGUCAGUUCUAAAGGGGACGUUCAGAGGAAAUAGGAAAGAGAGUUUGUAUACCUCGCUCUACCACCAGACCACCUGGGGUUCAACCUGCACCAAGGCUAUUGCUCAGCUGAUGUCUCAGAUCAGCCACACGUUUCCUAGAACUAAUAUCCUACAUCUAUGUGGUAGUUCUGCCGAGACAGUCUCAAAGAUAUUAGAUGUUGUUGACGAUGCGUACGGGUCGUAUACCUGUGCCAAUGGGUCGCAGGAAAUUAUAGAUGGCUUGAGAGACAAGAUCGGCCUGGCAUCCGCCAAAGAAAAGCGGCUCUCAUUCGAAGUGCUUGACCCUGAGACCAGAACAAGCCAAGAGCUCUUCGAUAUUGUCAUUGUAACAGACGUGUGUGGUGUGAGACAAGACCUUUCACAGAGUGUCCAGGGUUUGCGAAACCUCCUGCGUCCUGGUGGCUUUCUGAUCGCAAUGGAGCUUACAGGCAUGUCUCUCCAGCCGAUGGCAGUUCUGGGCUCCUUGGAAGACUGGUGGGCCAACGGCGGACUCGAAGUUGAAGCGCCCGGUAUGAAGACAGGUGAAUGGGACAAUCUUUUAUCGAACAAUGGGUUCUCGGGCAUUGACUGUAUAACGCACGAUCGAGCCGAUGCCAGCAUGCAUGGUUAUUCUGUGUUCUCCGCGCAAGCCAUGGAUGACCGCCUCGAAGUCCUCCGCAAUCCACUGACUUCGUUGCCCAUGAUAACACCAUCUCCGAUCGUAUUCAUCGGUGGUGAAACAAACCGUGUAUCAAAACUUAUUCGACAGGGCAAGAGCCUUCUGCGUGGCCUGGCCUCCGAGGUUCAAGUAUGGAGUCGCUUUGACCGGAUUGACUCCUCCCGUAUUCCUCCUGAAUGCUCAGUCAUCAACCUCCAGGAUCUUGACAAGCCACUAUUCUCAUCCCCUCCUUCGGUGAAUGAGCUCAAAAAUCUCAAGGAAUUACUGGCUAGUGCUCAGAAUAUUCUGUGGGUCACAUCCGGUCGCCUAGUGGAUGAUCCGUAUGCCAAUAUCAUGGUUGGCAUUGGGCGGUCGCUGAGACAUGAACACAUCCAUCUCAAUCUUCAAUUUCUGGACUUUAACCAGGGGGAGCCAUGGGAUAUUCAAACCGUCGUCACUCAACUCCUUCGUCUGGUAUUCUCGAAUUCGUCCCCAGACAUUACGGACGGGAUACUUUGGGUACAAGAGCCAGAAAUUGUGAUCAAAAACUCGCAGAUGAUAACUCCGCGGGUGCUCCUGGAUCCUGAGUCCAACGAGGUCUACAAUGCUGGUCGUCGUCCAGUGGUGAAGCCUCUUGGACCUUCAGAUGGAUUUGAGAUUGUUAACGACAGAGUCGAAGCGUCAUCGAAGUCCACCCUUGCCGUUGGUCAUUCGUUCGAGAACCUGGAGGACCGCGUUGAAGUAGAAGUUGAGUUCUCAGUACCUCUACAUGCAGAUGAUGAGACUCCUCGUUAUCUGUCACUUGGCCGCGUGAAAGAUGGUCGGCGACAUGAGGCGGCAGGGCUAGCCCUGUCAUACAGAGAGUCGUCUCUCGUCACUAUUGAUAGCAACUGCGACUUCAGCUCUCCAGUUCUUCGUGACUGCGACGCCUCGACACUCGUGAAGAUAUCGACUCUUCUGCUUGCGUUCAAAUUAGUCUCCAGUCUGCCGAGAUCUGGGACAACCCUGAUAUGUGAUGCACCUGACGGGCUCCGCAGAGCAAUUUCUGCGUUGGCAGCAGAGGAUGCUCGAAAGGUAGUGUUUAUUGCAAUCACGCAAAAACCUCAGAAGGGCAGAAGUCCGCCAUGUGUUUCUUUUCAUCCGCAAAGUCCUAUUCGUGCUAUGAGAAAGAAGCUACCUGAUGAUGCGGUUGUUUUGUUCGACUUUUCGGGGACCAAUGCGGCCUCUAUUCUACCGGUUCUGUCCUCGGGUUACCGACCACAAACCCUUGAUCUGAAUUCACUCACACAGAAAGAUGUCGAAGAUACGUUGAACAUUUACGAUCGGUAUCAAGGUGUUCUAGACCCAGUAUCGGCUCCUAACGUCCUCCGUCUGUCGGAAUUGUCCCAGAGAGGUUCUGGCAAGUUUGAACGUCUUUCCGUUGUCACAGACUGGACUCGAGAAAGACCAACCAGUGCGAUUAUCCACGGCCUGGAUCCGCAUGCUUUGAUAUCACCGAAGAAAACAUACUUUCUGGUUGGUAUGGCAAGCGAGCUGGGCCAGUCACUGGCCUACUUCCUAGUUCGCAGUGGCGCACGGUAUAUUGUGCUAUCCAGCCGAAAUCCGAAAGACAACCAGAACUGGCUUCGUGAUCUUCGAGCAGACGGGAUAGACAUUCGCGUGCUCAAAAUGGACGUCACCGACCGUGCCCAAGUGCACGGUACUGUCAACCACCUCCGUCAGACCAUGCCCGAGAUUGGUGGCGUGACCAACGCAGCCCUAGUUCUUGAGCCAGCCGUCUUCGCAAAUCUCUCUGCUGCAAGUAUCGCAAAACAAAUGAUGCCAAAGAUUCACGGCACAGUACAUCUGGACGAGGUGUUCAAGAACGAUCGCUUGGAUUUCUUCAUGUGUUUUGGCUCUUUGGGCACCGUGUUCGGUAACCCCGGUCAUGCAAUUUACCACGCUGGCAAUGCCUUCAUGAUGAGCUUGGUCGCGAACCGCAAACGGAGAGGGAUGGUAGGCUCGAUCCUAAACUUUGGAAUGCUGGUCGACGUCGGGUAUGUGGCCAGGGCAGAUCGCUCUGCUGGAUCCAACGUUGAGGAAUGGCUCCGCACCGACGGAUUGAUCGCCUUAUCCGAGGCGGACUUUCACCACGUCAUUCUCCAAGGAAUUAUCGCAGGUCAACUGGACUCUCCUACCAACGAGGUCAUCAUGGGUGUUGAGACAUAUCAUGACAAAGGACAAGUGCCGAGGCCAAGGUGGAUCGAGACCCCAACGCUCUCACAUAUGGUGCGCCCCGCGUCCGAAGCCACCGAGGGCGACUCCCCCUCGUCUGGAAGCCCGCAAUCAAAGUUGGAGAAUGCAAACACCGUUGAUGAGGCAGCUCCCUUCAUCAAUGACCUUCUAUCUCAGAAGAUCAAGUCCAUGAUCCACGUUUCAUUAGACUCAAUUCAUCCAGAUGAGCCAUUCUCACGCCUCGGGAUCGAUUCGAUCAACGCCAUCGAGAUCCGAAAGUGGCUUUGGGAACGUUUCAGAGUCGAAAUUUCUAUGGUGAAACUUCUUGGUCGAGACUCUUCGGCCGCAACAAUUCGGACUAUUGCCGCGCAGUAUUUGGCCAAGAGGCCUGGAGCCCCACCCAACAUUCCUAAUGAGCCUGGCUCCGCUGGAAAAGAGGAAGCACGCGUAGUGGACACUCAAGUGAUUGGCAAGUUGGGGGAAAUAACAACCAGCACCACGCCCAGUGAUGAGGACCGCUCGACUGAGAUCUAUCCUGCUCGGAGUUCUGGCGACAGUAAGACAUCCCAGUCGUCUUCCGAGAUUACACCUGACUCAUCACCAAUUUCUACUCCUACCCCGGAGCCUAGGCUAGAGAUCAUCCGGUCGGAGCGCCUGUCCAUUGCACAGGCUGGUCUUUUCUACAUCGACAAGUUCUCCGACACAAGAACGGCACUCAACCUCACGACAAGGUGGAGGAUUGAUGGCCCCUUGGAUGUUGAGCGGCUCGCUCGAGCGUUUCAGCAGACUGUGGAUCGUCAUGAGGCAUUGCGUACUUGUUUCUUCAAAAUCUCGGGUCACUCUGAGGUCCAGCAGCACGUUACCAGUACCAGAGACUUUUUGCUUACCCGUGUGCAAUCAACAGUGGAAACGGCCCUCGAUGAUGUGCAGGGGGUGUUCGACAGAUUUAAGCAGUAUGAGUAUGACGUUGAAACAGGAGAGACCCUUCAAGCUACCCUAGUGUGCCAUAACGCAGAAUGGCAUACCUUGGUUGUAGGAUUUCACAACCUCGUCAUUGAUGUUGUCAGCAUCUCGCUUAUCUUGAGUGAUAUUGCUCACUUGUAUCAAUUUCCACCGUGGUCUCGGUAUCCUACCUCUACCUCAUACCUCGACUAUACACAUGAGCAAAUGGAGGAUGUGCAGACUGGACGUUUUGACGAGGAUAUUGAAUACUGGGUCAAACAUCUUGACCCAUUGCCAGAGGCUCUCCCGUUGCUGCCGGUUGCAAAGGUCCAAACCAGACAGAGCAGUCGGGCAUACAGACACCACUACAGUUCCAGAGAGCUGAGCAGCAGCUUCGUGCAAACCAUUACAAAGAUCGGUCAAGCUCACGGUGUCGCUCCAAUGCAAUUCUAUCUUGCUGCCAUGCAGGUCUUCCUCUCCCGCCUGUUGAACAUCAAUGACAUGGUAAUUGGCGUUCUACACACCGGCCGUGAUCCUAUAAGCAAAUACAGGGAAACUGUCGGUCAUCUGGCCUCAAUCCUGCCAAUUCGUUUCAAGGGACUACUGGACAAGACUUUCCCCGAGCUAAUGACGGGCUCUCGAGAAAGCUUGCUCGAUAGCCUCAGCCACGCAAGCAUCCCGUUUGCUCUCAUUGUGGAAAAGCUGAGACGUGGAGUAAGCGAAGGGAACAUGCCGCUUAUCCAGGUCGCCUACAAUUACACAGUCGAUGACAGUCUCCCGAGCGCUCUAGGUGAGUGUGCUAUUGCCGUAGAGGAAGCGGAUUUCACAACCGUGUACGACUUUGUCCUGGACGUGCGGCGAUCGACUUCAGGCGGCCAUGUCAUUGGGAUUACAUGCACCGAUGACUUUUACCCGGAGUCAGCCACCCAGUUUAUCCUAGAUACAUUUAUCGGUGUUCUUGACGGUUUGGUUCAGAAGCCCCUGACUGCUGUGAAGGACUGCAGACUAUUCAGUGACACCCAGCUAGACCAGGCCAGAGCCAUUGGGCACGCUCCUGCCAUCGGGCGUUCUUGGCCGGGCACGUUGUCUGAAAGAUUCGAACAGGUCGCUGCCGAGUUCUCAGAUUCAGUUGCAAUCAAGGAUGGGGCCGAGGCGAUAACAUACGGCCAAUUGAGAGAAAAGGUCGAGCUUUAUGCCAGCAUUUUGGUCGAGGCAAAGAUCACAAGUCAAACUCGAGUGGCGGUGUUCUGCAAGCCCAGUAUUGACCUGUACGCGACAAUGCUGGCUAUCUUCCGGAUCAAGGCUGUCUUUGUUCCUCUGGAUAUCAGCGUCCCCGCCACCCGACGGAACGACAUGAUCAAGGCAUGUAAGCCCCAUGCAUUGGUCUUUCAUGCAGCCACUGCCCAAGCUGUAGCGGAGAACCACAUAAAUUCAGGCAGCGAGAUCACGCCUCUCAAUAUAACUCAACUAGCCCGAGUCCACCAACGGGGUUCUAUUGCUCUGUCCGAGCAGUCACCUUCCGAUCCCGGAUCUGAUAGCCACAUUCUCUUCACGAGUGGAUCUACCGGCGUACCUAAAGGCAUCAAGCUUCACCAGAGGGGUAUCAUGAACCUCGCUGCCAUUCUGAGCGAACGAAAUGGAUUUAGGCCGAUCAGAGUACUGCAACAAACUUCCAUCGGAUUCGAUGUGUCGUUCUCGCAAAUCUACAGCGCCUUCGCCAAUGGGGGCACCCUUGUGGUCGCUCCGUUUGAGAGCCGCGGCGACCCAGAUAUGCUUUCCAGGCUCAUACUUGACGAGGGGAUUGAGUUUACAAUGUGUACUCCGUCGGAAUACAACCUCCUUCUUACCUAUGCGCCAGAUCGUCUACGACAAUGUACUGAUUGGCGCUUUGCGGGGGCAGGAGGGGAGGUGCUCACUGAUCGGGUCGUCGAAGGCCUACGCGAUUUGAACCUGCCAAAUUUGAAGCUGAGUAACUGGUACGGACCUACUGAGGUUACUGUUGCUACAAGUCAAGAUAUCCCCUUCUAUGAUGACAUUCAUCAGGGCAAGAACAGGAUAGGCUCCAACAUUGGUCAUGUCGCACCGAACAACUCGAUUUACAUCACCAGUGAGGAUGACGGUAAAUUGCUACCAAUAGGCAUCCCAGGGGAGAUUUGCGUUGCAGGCAUCAUGGUAGCCAACGGGUACCUUGACUCGACCCUGAAUAAGGGUUUCUUUGUCGACAACCCAUUUGCUACUGCUCGGGAAGUACAACAGGGGGUUGCAAGAAUAUACAAAACCGGAGACAGAGGAUAUCUUCAAGAAGAUGGAUCUAUCAUUUUUCUCGGUCGAACUAAACGCGGCAGUACAGUUAUCAAGCUUCGGGGUCUGCGAAUCGACCUGAAUGAGGUGACUGGUGCUGUUUUGAAUGCAGCAUCUGACUACUUAGCAGACGCUGCUGUCACGGUCCGCGGCGAGCCACAGUUUCUAGUGUGCCAUGUGGCUUUCAAGUCUGGAAAGAACCUGGAGUAUCCGCACCUCAUAGAGCUUCUGCAAACGCUCCCACUUCCGAGGUACAUGAUCCCAGCCACUAUUGUGGUGUUGGAUCGUCUACCAAUGGUGCCAAACGGAAAGCUAGAUCUCGAGCUUUUGAAAAGUUUGCCUCUUCCUACAACUGAAGCUUCAUCGGUGCACACGCAAACACAAGUCCUUGCUCCAAAUAGGAAAGCCCUGACCCCCAUGGAAGAAAGACUUCGCGCGCUUUGGGUUGAUGUCAUUGGAGUAGUCGCAGAUGCGGCUGACAUUGAUGCGCACUCUUCCUUCCUAGCAGUAGGAGGAAACUCUUUUCUUUUGGUUCAGCUGCAGUAUACUAUUGGCCGCCUGUUUGGGGUGAAGAUUUCUCUCUCGCAACUGGGCCAGGCAGCGGACCUGAGAGAUAUGGCGGCGUUGAUUGAGAAGACGCGGUGA